AUGUGGAAUAGUAAGCUUCAUAGCCCUUUGCAUGCAGCUAGACUUGUUUUCAACCCGGAACUAUUUUAUGACAAUAAAGAGAGGAUUCUAGGAGAUGAACCUUUGUGGAAUGGAUACUAUGAAUGCAUUGAGAAGUUGAUACCCGAAGAAUCCGUGCAAGAUAAAAUCACAAAGCAAUUUAGUAUUUAUAGGAAUGCUAAACAACUUUUUGGAAAAAACAUAGCCAUUACACAAAGAAAGACGAAGUCACCAGUUGAAUGGUGGAAGCAAUAUGGUCAUUCCACUCCAGAUUUACACAAGUUUGCCAUCAAGGUUCUAAGUUUAACAUGUAGCUCGUCCGGUUGUGAAAAGAAUUGGAGCGUGUUUGAGCAUAUUCAUACCAAAAAGAGGAACAAACUAACCUUGAAACGUCUCAAUGAUCUAGUCUUCAUUAAGUACAACAGAACAUUGAGGCGUCGUUACAACACUCGCAAUGUAAUUGAUCCAACUAGUUUGGACAACAUCGAUGAUGCUAAUGAAUGGCUAUUUGGAGUCCCGGAAGAUCAUGCAGAUGAAGAAGUAUUUGAGGAUAUUUCUGAUAUCACUUGGGGUGAUGUUGCGGAGGCGCGUGGAAUUGGGAAGAAGAUUUAUGGUUUGAGGGGGAGUACCUCAACUUCAAGUUUACAGAGGAAGGGAAAACAGACAGCUACUUUGUCCCUAGUUGAUGAAUAA